AGCGGGAGUCUCGCGGCGCGGGGACUGUCGGGAAGAAGCAUGAAGCAGUCAAUCAUCCCCUCCGGCCAGUGGAUUAUGAGCUCGGCCGAGUCGCAUUCGCAGGAUAAAAGCCGCGCAAUACCUAUCAACCAACUCAGCAAGUUCGCGACGCUUCUAAUUCAGCAGCAGUUCAUUCAUAGUUCAUCGGUUCCAUCAUGGUCUUACUGCCGGCUCCCCACCAGGACAAAUUGAACGAGAUGGAGGGCUUGAGCCGCGAUACUCAGCCCGAAGCGGCAUUCGAGGGUAUCCCAGGCAAUGGGAGCAGCGCUGCGACAUCAUGGCAGAGGGCACAUCUCAAGUCUAGGCCCCAGGUAUUCUCAACCGACAUUCUUGUUGUUGGUGGCGGCCUCGGCGGAGUCGCUGCAGCGCUUGGAGCUCUGCGCAGGGGUCGCAACGUCUUUCUGACCGAGGAGUACGACUGGUUAGGCGGGCAACUGACCAGCCAAGCCGUGCCUCCGGAUGAGCAUUGUUGGGUGGAACAAUUCGGCGUCACUCGCUCGUACCGGGCCCUGCGCGAUGGCAUCCGGCAAUACUAUCGCGACAACUACCCUCUGACGGACGAAGCCAGACGGAGGCCGCAGUUCAACCCCGGUGCUGGGCAUGUCAGCAAACUAUGUCACGAGCCUCGCGUUGCAGUGGCUGUCAUCGAGGCCAUGCUUCUGCCGUAUAUCGGGAGUGGGAAGCUUGUCAUCAAGAAGCCAACGAAGGCCGUCUCAUGCCAGAUGGAUGAGCAGCAGGUGGUUCGCUCUGUGGAAUUUCGUCGACUCGACCAUCCCGACACUUUCACCGUCCACGCCAAAUAUGUUAUUGACGCCACGGAGUUGGGUGAUCUCUUGCCUAUGACCAACACUGCCUACGUGACUGGCUUCGAGUCUCGUAAGGAUACCGGGGAACCCAGUGCACCGGAGGAGGCACAGCCGCAAAACUCCCAGGCAGUCUCCAUCUGCUUCGCCGUUGACCACAUUGACGGAGAGGACCAUACAAUUCCAAAGCCUCCAGAGUAUGACUACUGGCGAAACUAUCACCCGGACUUUUGGGGCGCACCGUUGCUCGGUCUGAAAGCGCCUCAUCCACGAACGCUCAAGAUCGUCGAGCGCGAGUUCACCCCGAACCCCAACGAUGAUCCGGCACUGGUAAAUGCGGACCAGCGUUUGUCGGGUGGCGACAUGAAUCUCUGGACCUUUCGCCGCAUCGCAGCACGCGACAACUUCAGGCCUGGGGCCUACCAAUCCGACGUGUGCCUCGUCAAUUGGCCCAUGAUCGAUUACUUCGAGAAGCCCAUCAUCGACGUCCCCGAACAUGAGCUAGAAGCACGUCUCAGCGCUGCUGCCUCGUUAUCAUACAGCAUGCUGUACUACCUGCAAACCGAGUGUCCCCGAGCUGACGGAGAUGGUAAAGGCUAUCCAGGGCUACGUCUCCGAGGUGACAUUACAGGCACAGAACAUGGGCUAGCGAUGGCGCCAUAUAUACGAGAAUCCCGCCGCAUCAGGGCCAUUACCACGGUUGUUGAGCAACAUCUCUCAUUGAAGGUUCGUGGCGAUAAGGGGGCAGUACGCUACCCCGACAGCGUGGGGGUAGGCAUGUACCGCAUCGACCUGCAUCCGUCUACAGGCGGUGACAAUUACAUUGAUGUUGCCUGCUGCCCAUUUGAGAUUCCGUUAGGCGCCUUGAUUCCGCUGGAGCGCCCCAACCUCCUCGCGGGCUGCAAGAAUAUUGGAACCACGCAUAUCACCAAUGGCUGUUACCGGCUGCACCCUGUUGAGUGGAACAUUGGAGAGGCGGCAGGCUUGUUGGCAGCGCAUUGCCUGGAUACGAAACUUUCUCCGCAUGAGGUACAGGGAAAGAAGAAAUUGUUUGAAGCGUAUCACAAGGUGCUCAUUCAAGAGGGUAUCGAGACAGCAUGGCCUGACGUUUCAGGUUACUAGUUUGGCUGGGAAGGUCAUCUGGUUGUGUCUUUUGAUGUAGUUUUAGUGGUGAGAAUAGUCAAUUACAGCGAGAUUCUGAUGUGAGAAAGUCUCAACGCGGCAUCAGAAAAUUGUCAUGCUGUAUCCCAUAUAUAGGCCCAUGGAGAGACAAAACAUUGGCCUUUCAGUGCCUCAACCCGAGACUUAGGCUCUUCAGCCAUGGCUCAGCAUCGGCUCGGAUUAAUCACCAUAUACUCAGUUUUAG